AUGUCACUCGUGUGGUCGAUCUCUGUGCUGCCCCCGGUUCCUGGUCUCAAGUUCUAUCAAGAGUUCUCAUCAAGGGAGAGAAGUUCGGUCGUUGUGCUUGGCAAGACCGUGAGGCCAAGUUCCGGCAAAAGAUGUUUGAAAUCUUCCCUGAGGGGCAAGACGGCCAGGAGGAGGCCCAAAAAGGUGGAAGAGUCCCAGGAAAGCAAACCUACUCCCAGAGAACAGGUCAAGAUUGUGUCGAUCGAUUUGCAGCCCAUCAGCCCUCUGCCAGGGAUUAUCACCCUCCGGGCCGACAUCACACAUCCCGCCACCGUUCCUCUCUUGCUCAAGGCAUUGGACCCCGAUUUCGAUCCUAGCACCAUGAACCAGCAAGCGUCGCACCCAGUGGACUUGGUCAUUAGCGAUGGUGCGCCCGACGUCACGGGUCUGCAUGACCUCGAUAUCUAUGUCCAGUCGCAGCUCCUCUUCGCCGCCCUCAACCUUGCCCUCUGCGUCCUUAAGCCCGGCGGCAAGUUCGUCGCCAAGAUCUUCCGCGGCCGCAACGUCGACCUCCUUUACGCCCAGCUGAAGGUCUUCUUCGAGAAGGUCUACGUCGCCAAGCCCCGCUCUUCGCGCGCCAGCAGUGUCGAGGCCUUCAUCGUCUGCAUCAACUUCCAGCCUCCCGAGGGUUUCACAGCCAACCUUGAGGAGCCUCUCGGCGUCGGUAACAAGCUCGCCGAGAUGCUCGCCGAGAAGCAAGCCAAGGAGAAGGAACAGACAACAGAAGGUACCACCCAGACACCGGCAGAUAAAGAUGGCAUCUACGACGUCGAAGUGGAGGACCUCACCAACGAGCCACUGAAGGAUAUUCGAUGGGUCGCCCCCUUCGUUGCCUGUGGCGAUUUGUCCGCUUUCGACUCGGACGCGUCAUACAAACUCCCAGAUGAUCACGUCUCGCUCGACCCUGUCCAGCCGCCCACGGCGCCCCCCUUACAAGCGUGCCAUUGA